CCGAUUCCGGCACUGCGUCAGGUCCUUGUGGGAAUUAAGUGUGGACUUUUCAGUCAAAUUAGUACUUCGCUAGGUACCAUGUUUCUGACUGCUCUCCUCCGAGGCAGCCGGAUUCCCGGGAAGCAGUGGAUCGGGAAGCACCGAAGGCCACGAAGGGUGACCUGGGGGAUGAAGCAGGGUAUGAUUCGUAGGUUGGAGAUCGAGGCGGAGAAUGAGUACUGGCUGAGUAUGCCGUGUAUGACCCGGGAGCAGGAGUUCAACCAUUCCGCCGCCCGCAGGCGAGAGAACUUUGAGGCCAUAAAGCUGGCGAAGGCGGCCAAGUUCCCCCCGCACAAGCUCUUCGAGGACCAGCUCAACCAUCUCAACAUCUCAAAGAAGUGGUCUUGAGCCGCCAACCCCUGCUCCAGGCUUCAAGGACCAGGAACUGUCUCCACCUGGAUACUGGGAGCCCUCAGCCUCCUCCCCGUAAGCCUCGGGUCAUGCGCACAGCCCUCCUUUACGCGGUGGGUGGAGGUUGAGGGGGGCUUGUAGGAGCUCACUUAGGACCCCCCCACAUACCCCGGUGGCUCCAGUCUAUAAGCCUAGGAGAAGAAAGAGGCUCCUAGGAAGAUAACCCUCACCGCAGAGAGGCUGAAAACGAAAUAUUCUUGAAGGAAGAUUCAAUAAAGCUACAAAAUGUU